CAGUAUUUGGUUCCAUUUUUUUCCAUAUAGAUUUGUUGCCCUUUCUAUGUUUCUAAUUUUAAAAUAGAGAUAACAAUGAAAACGGUACGUAGCAAAUCAGUCAACGGUGACGUAAAAUAUUUACAGCAAUAUUGUGCUCCUGCGGUGAACUUUUUUUCUGCAUGCAUACAACUGGCCGAUAACCUUCAUUUGAACUGGGACUUCAUAUGACUGUUUUUUACAAUAAGUAUCAAUCUCGUCAAUGGAUCGUUUCGCGGUCAGUGUUAUUCAUCUACUUACAGUGAUCAAACGAAAUAUAGUGUAGUUAACAAUAGUCUAAAAGUGGAAUUUUUCAGUGCCUGACUGCCUCUCUGUUUCCAGACGAAUUCAGAUUUUUUAUUUUAUUUAUUUCUUCCCCGCUAUACAAUGCCGACAACUGGUACGAUGGGGUACGAGGGAUGGAGUUUGGAAAUGGAAAUGCUCAUCUCUGAUGAAUGGUAUUUGUGGGAAGAUUUCGUGCACUUCGUUCGCUAUCGUUUGGGGCAGCUGUCAUUCACUUAUGAUCGCCGAUCGAUUCGCCAACAUUUGGAUUUACCCAGAUCUCUACGUCAAAUACAUCAACCCUUUCGUCAUGACGUUCGUUUUCCUUCCAAUCAAAUACUGAUCAAUACGAGCUUUGAAAUCGAUCUAUGCAUACGUCGCAUCCUCUCGGCAAUCGAUAUUCCCGACUUUACGGAUUAUUCCAAUUGCUCUAGUGACGCAAUUGCCGUUUACAAUAAAUCAAAAGAGCUGUACUACUAUCAUUUGAACGAACUGUACGAGUUGACCAACUUCUCCGAUAAUUUGCUGGCUGAAAAAGGCGUAUUUAAUCGACAAAGUUUCGAGGAUCGCAACAGUUUAAAGUGGAAAGAACCAACGAAUAACGUUAAUUCAAAAUAAUUUCCAGCGAAAGAAACAAAAAAAAAACUUAAUCAACUGCAUAUUGUUCAAUUUUUCUUUAAAUAAAUGCUUUCAAUUCCAAUCUAAA